UAGGAGAUAUCUUGGGACACUUUCUGUGAACCUUCUUAGCCUGAAAAGUCAUAGAAAUGGAGUGUCAUAACUGAAAAUCAGGAAGAUUUUGGAUUUUGGGUCAAAAUUCUAUUCAUCUUCCUCUACCACUAUCAAGAAGGGAUAUAGAAAAUGGCUGGAACAUUGCCUGGUGUAGGAGUCCAUUCUAGAAGGAGAACAAAGCCUAAUCGUGAAAUAAUUACUGGUGAAAAUUGGUUUAAACCGUCCGUGAGUGAAGCAGUGAGCUCCAUAAAUCUGGAUGAAACAGCUCACAGAGCACGUCAACGGUUAGAGGAGAAGCUAGGCUAUUCCCAGCCCUCUUCAAGACAUAGUAAAGUUGCACCUGCACCAAUUGAGGGUAGAAGCCGGAACCGUAAAACACACAGAAUACUGGCUUGGGUUCAAAAUCAUGUAGGAGGUUAUUGCUCUUCCUCUUCAGAAUCCACGGCAAUGAAUCAGACUGAAAAAAUCGCUCUGUAUGCUUAAUCAUGAAGACCAUUUUGUUUGGUCCUCAGCACCAUUACAAAGAUGAAGAUUCAAUUUGUGCGAUUUCUCACAUAAUUGAGAAGCUACUUAUAUAUUUCCCUUAAUUGGGUUUUUCGGUGUAAUUAGACUAUACAUCUAUGGAAGUUUAUUUACAUUUUUUCUUUU